GAGCCAUCGCUCUCACUGCACCAGCAUCAGCAUCAGCAUCAGCUUAACCAAUUCUCCCACAGGAAUGAAUGGACGCACGGUAGAGAGCUCAAACGGAGAAGCUACUAGCGAAGAAGCAGGGCAAAAGCGCAUGGGACUUCCCUGCUGUUCCCGGACAUCAUCUCCUCCCAAGCCCAAAAUCGCGGACAGGGGCAUUUCGAUCCGGCGGAGCACUGCUAGUCAGGAACAAGGUGAGGUACAGCAGGGGAAGAUGCCGACGGCCAUCCAUAGCAACGAAUGGCUGAAAGACGUUCUGAGGCAGGCGAAGCAGCCAAACUCCAAACUGGUGGUGCUGGAGUUCACGGCGCCGUGGUCGGAGCCGUGCAAGUUCAUGAGGCCGGCGAUGGAGGAGAUCGCCGCCCGCUUCAAGGAGCACGCCGACUUCUACACCCUCGACGUCGAGCAGUUCAAGACGUUUGCGCGGAACACCCGGGUGGAGGCGCUGCCGACGUUCCUGCUGGUGAGGGACACCAUCUUGGAGCGCGUCGUCGGCGUCAGCAAGGACGACCUGCAGCGGAGCAUCGAGAAACACACAACAAACACUGCCGUUCAUGUGGACCGGACUUCCGGAUCAACAUAAGCUUGCACGAAACCGGGAAAAAUAGUGCUAACUGGGAGCAAGCUUUCAUUUUUUUUAAAUUUUUUUUCAGAAUGCCGUUCAUCAUGUGCUUUCGAUAGAUCGAUGUCUUAAUUUCACAUAUAAAUGCUUGUUAUACCGAGUUUACCUGAACGAUAUAUGAGGAUUUUUUACGAAAAAAGGGAGCCGUCCAUUAAAGGUUGUUUGAUAUUAACAUGUAGUUUGUGGGUGCUGAGCCCUUGAUUGUAUACUAUGUAAGUACUCCUUACUAGGAAAUGAGUAAUAAUAAUUGUUUAAUGGGCA